GGUAUUCGUUUUGCGCAUGCGUCUGUUGUCAAGCACAGAGUCACAGACACGAAACAGCAUCUUACUUUGCAGGCUAUGAACGAGUUAGAAAGAAAGAAAAUACUAAAGUAUGUCUGAGAUAGCUGCGACCGAGGUUAUAUAAGAGCAAACAAAUUGAAAAUCGCCAACAUCUUUGAACAACUGAAUUUGAUAGGAAGGAAACAACAUCUUGGUGAGGUAGCGGUAUAACAUCUUCCACCGGCCCGACCAUCAUGGCUGAAGCGGAGCAACAACAAGCGGCGCCAGAAGUGCAAGAACAACCCAAACCAGUCCCGAAACAGAAGGAAAUACUCGCUAGUAAGGUGACUGGUACAGUAAAAUGGUUCAACGUCAAGAGUGGAUAUGGUUUUAUCAACCGAAAUGAUACCAAGGAAGACGUUUUUGUCCAUCAAUCGGCCAUAACGAAGAACAACCCGAAGAAGGCGGUCCGCUCGGUGGGGGACGGCGAGCCGGUCGAGUUUAGCGUGGUGGCGGGCGAGAAGGGCAACGAGGCGGCCAACGUGACCGGCCCCAACGGGGAGGCGGUGAGAGGCAGUCCGUACGCGGCCGACCGCCGGCGCGGCUACCGCCAGUGGUACUACCCGAGGGGCGGCGCGAGAGCCAGAGCGAUGGGGAUGUCAAGGACGGCGCGACUUCGGGCGGCGAAGGCGGCGACGCUGGAGGCGGACCGAUGCGCGGCCAGGGCGGCCCGCGUCGCUUCCGGCAGCGGCGCGGAGGCCGCGGGUACGGCGGCGGCGGCGGGUACUACUCGCGCGGGCCGUACCGCGGGCCGCCUCUGCCGCCGGGCGGGGAGCUCGAGCAGAACGGGGACGGGCAGAUGGCGCGGGGCGGUCGCGGGCCGCCGAAGAGGUUCUUCCGCAGCGUGUAUUCCAGGAACUUCCGCGGUGGCAGAGGAGGCGGCGGCCGGCCGCGUUCUCCCACCGAAGACGACCAAUCGGGUGACCAGCAGCAGCAGAACGGAGGCGGGCCCGAUCAGCAGCAGGGAGGCCCGAGGGGGCCGCCUCGGCCCAGGUACCGCAGACGCGGGCCCCCGAGGCCGCGCACCGGCGAGUCGCAGUCCGAGUCUGGGGGGAAUGCGCAAACGAAGGACCCUGAAUCCAAUGCACCUCAGCAGACAGAAGAAAGUCAGCCCGUGCAGAACACCACCACAGAGAGCAGUGCUUAGGCGUUACGCGCUCUAGUCCAUCACUUAUAAUCAUAAUCUGUUAAAAAAAAAAAAUAACAACGUUUAGCGCGUGAGUUUGUAAACAUAAUGGCAGGCGAGAGACUUUCGAUGACGCGACCGAGCGAGCGACUUUACUUUUUUCUCGGAUCCACUCGAUUUUUUCCUCAGUCCAUUUCUCAGUCAAUUCCAUACAGCGGGUGCGUCCCCGCUUUCAAUGAGGGUUGCGACAAAAACAUUUUUGAUACUUUUUAUAUUCUCCUCAAAGGGAUGAUUCGCGGUUUUCGAAGGGGUGUGUAGAUAGAAAACUGUUGUUGAAAGCGGGGCGGGAGGGUCGCGUAUCGAACUGUUUCUAGACCUUAAGUCUUUGCCAAUUUUUCCUUCAUAACAAUUACAAAAAUAAAAGAAAAAUCUUGAAAAAUGCGACGCUUGCCGCGAACAGCUUGCUGGCGAGAUGUCGCGCCAAAAAAAAUUGAUUGCAACAUUCAACUUGAAAAGGAUAUACUUUCCGAUUGCGAGGAGUUUGGGAAAAAAUACAAAAAAAUCCGCAAAAGUGUAAAGAGGAACAGUUUAUUUUCCGCUAGUUUCGGGAUCGAUGUUUUUCGACACUUGUGUGAUGGUCAUAGUCUUUUUGUCCUGCAAAUUUUCGGUAUUUUUGGGGUCUAGUCAUGAAGGUGUACAAUUUUUCAAAGUGUAAUUUUUGAAAUGCUUUAAUAAGUUGAUAUCGCUGAUGUACAUUUUGAAUUGAAUUAUUUAUUUUUCUGCUGUAUUUUUUUUCGAUAAUUUUCUAUAGAUGGUAAAGUGGGAAAUAAAAAAACUGUUCUGAAACCUGUAUUUCAA